UUCCAUAUUCUUGUCAUGUGUCCUAUGUUUUGAGCUUGUUCCAUAUUCUUGUCAUGUGUCCCAUGUUUUGCAUUUCUUCCAUAUUCUUGUCAUGUGUCCCAUGUUUUGCUAUUGCUCCAUAUUCUUGUCAUGUGUCCCAUUUUUGCAAUUAUUAAAUAUUCUUGUCACGUGUUCCAUGUUUUGCACUUGUUCCAUAUUCUUGUCAUGUGUCUUAUAUUUUGCGCUUGUUCCAUAUUCUUGUCAUGUGUCCCAUAAUUUGCGAUUGUUUCAUAUUCUUGUCAUGUGUCCCAUGUUUUGCGCUUGUUCCAUAUUCUUGUCAUGUGUCCCAUGUUUUGCGCUUGUUCCAUAUUCUUGUCAUGUGUCCCAUGUUUUGCGCUUGUUUCAUAUUCUUGUCAUGAAUCCCAUGUUUUGCGCUUGUUCCAUAUUCUUGUCAUGUGUCCCAUGUUUUGCGAUUGUUUCAUAUUCUUGUCAUGUGUCCGAUGUUUUGCGCUUGUUUUAUAUUCUUGUCAUGUGUCCCAUGUUUUGCGCUUGUUCGAUAUUCUUGUCAUGUGUUCCAUGUUUUGCACUUGUUCCAUAUUCUUGUCAUGUGUCCUAUGUUUUGCGCUUGUUCCAUAUUCUUGUCAUGUGUCCCAUGUUUUGCACUUGUUCCAUAUUCUUGUCAUGUGUCCCAUGUUUUGUGUUUCUUCCAUAUUCUUGUCAUGUGUCCCAUGUUUUUCACUUGUUCCAUAUUCUUGUCAUGUGUCCCAUGUUUUGUGGUUGUUUUAUAUUCUUGUCAUGUGUCCCAUGUUUUGCGAUUAUUCCAUAUUCUUGUCAUGUGCCCCAUGUUUUGCGCUUGUUCCAUAUUCUUGUCAUGUGUCCCAUGUUUUGUGCUUCUUCCAUAUUAUUGUCAUGUGUCC